CCGUCCCGGACUGCGAAUACCACCUUAAAAGCCCUCUCGAGUGAAACUUUUCCCUGCAACUCCGUCGUUCCACCUUAAGCGCACACGCAAACGCAGGAGGCGUACAGCGAGGUUUCCGCUUCUCAGUUGGGCUCGGACCGCGGCUCACGAAAAACACCGUGUGUAACGUACAAGGUUGACGCACCAAGGUAAGAAAAAAAAAAAAAAAGAAAGAAAGAGAACCAACCGAGCAGAAAAAGAAAAAAAUGUCUGAAUCCAAGUACCGCGAGUGGAUCCUGGACACUAUCGACUCGCUGCGGUCGCGAAAAGCCCGGCCGGACUUGGAGAGGAUUUGCCGAAUGGUCCGGAGACGACACGGGUCCGAGCCCGACCGAACCUGCGCAGAACUGGAGAAACUGAUCCAGGAACAAACCGUGCUGAAAGUUAACUACAAGGGCUCAAUUUCUUACCGGAACGCCGCCAAGGUUCAGCGGAGAAGCAGAAAAAAAGACGAUGGAACGUUAACGACGGCUGCGAGAAGGAGCGCGGUGGAAGAAGCCAGUCAUUCCGACUUGAGCAACGGGGACAGCGCUUUCGGUCCUGUUGACCAGGACGAGGAGGAUUUGGAGGCUGACACCUCUAUGGCUAUGGACACAGACAGUAAUGCUGAUGAGGAGGGGGCUGAUGAGAGCCGGGAUGGGCAGGACGGACCCUCCCCCGGCAGCACUUAUGAAGAUGCCCCCGUGCCCUGUGCAACUGUGCGAGCCGCCGUCUCUGCCCCCUGCUCUCCUUCUGGCACCCGGCCUCGCCCCGGCCCCGGCUGCAGCCCUGGCUCAGGUCUGGACUGUGUCUCUUUCCAGAAGGCUAGUGAGAGGCCCAGCUCCUUGCCCCCCUCCAGCCCCAGGGCCCUCGCACACAAUGACUGGGCCUAUCAUUCUGCUGUCUGCCCAGCAGAGCGCCAGCACCCAGGAAUGCAGAGAGACAAAGUCACAAAGCCAGCAAUCCUCUCUGUAACCACCAGCCCUGGUCCUUUAAAAAACAACGUGAAGAAAGAAGAUGGAGGCAAGGUGGAAGAUAAUGGCCUCACGUCCGAUCAGCUGGUACCAGACUAUGCAGCAGGACUGGUAAUUGGCCUUGAAGAGACCAAGAAUGUAUCUGAUGGAAGACCGCAGACACUCUCUCUGCCAUCUGACGACUGUACAUUAAACAAUAAGAUAGAGAUAUCCUCCUUCACAGCUGCUGAAGACAGUCUUCUGAACGGUGGCAAAGAUGAUGAAAUCUCUGUGAAGAAGGAGAAGAUGAGCCAGAACUUGUUGCAGUGGACCGUGGCAGAUGUGGCCAGUUACUUCUCAGCUGCAGGCUUUCCAGAGCAAGCUGUAGCUUUUCGAACACAGGAAAUUGAUGGGAAGUCCCUUCUCCUGAUGCAGCGCAGUGACGUGUUGACCGGUUUGUCCAUUCGACUCGGCCCUGCACUAAAGAUCUACGAGCGCCAUGUAAAGGUGCUGCAGAGGACCCACUUCCUGGAAUACGAGGACAUCUGACGCGUUGGUUCACGUGAUAGACAGACAAUGCUGCACUGACACAAAACGUGCAUGCAGUGCCCUCUCCCAUCUGGACCCACCUUCAUAUACAGAAUAUGUAGAGGGUGAGUGGUGGGGAAGGCUGCGGUGGAAUUAACUUUCACUGUGAGAAUGACCAGAAACUGAAAGUCAGUCAUCCUACCUCUCAUUACGGUCUUUGGUUUUCAAAUGGUUUUCAUUUCACCCAUGUGGCCGUUCAAUUCCAUUGUCAAGGGACUGUGCCCCUUUGUUCAGACUGUGUUUAAAGUGGAAAAGCAAUGACCUUUCUGCAAGAGUAAAAGAUGGAUGAUGCAGCCACUGAAGGGGACCGAGCCCUGCAAGCAAGUGGACCAUCGAUGGGCUUUCUGUACCCACAGAGACGUGACUGCCGUGAGCAAAAUGUUGUCACAGAUUUUGGGUCCAGAAGAAAAUGUUGGUUCGCUGUGACUCUAAAAUUUCUCACUGCAUCCUCUCGUAUUAUGGUACCGUCUGUUUUUUCCAGUUUGUAAGCCACAACGUUAAACAUAACGCACAUGUGUUGUGCUUUUUCCUUCUCAUGUGAUGAGUUAAAUGUCAUCGAAGUGCUGGGGAAGUCAGACUAUCGACAUAUCUGCAUCACAAGUCUGAUUCCUUACUUAUCAUGCCGACAAUAGCUGCUGAUGUUGGAUUGUGUCUUCAGCGUCUCUGUAACACUGAGAUAUAACCAACAUGAUAUACUACUACCUGCUGGCAAGGCAAUAUGUUGCUUUUUUUUUUCUUUUUCUAUCUCGUUUAGAUCUGACUGUGGUCCAACUUAAUACAGUUGCAUUUAUGGGAACAGUUUCAGAUAGAUGUGACCAGGAAAUGUGCAGCGUAAUGGAAUUUCCUUUCAUUCAUAAGCAGAAUAAAGUAAUAAACUUGGGAAAGUGUUGUUGUAAUACCGAAUUUAUUGUUUUUAAUUUAAUGCAGCUGCUCAGUGCCUGUUUACAGAGCAGAUAUGUUGAUCAAAUGCAAUACUUUUGUUGUCAUCCAUGUAUAAUUUGUCCAGUGUUUCAGUCUAAGUCUGCCUCUUGAAUUGUAACAUUCCAUGAUGUAGUCUACAUCUCCAGUGUAUCUCCUCCCUUUUUAUCUGUAACAUUGACAUUUCUUCCAGAGCCACAAUAAAGCUCCUGUCUCUCUGUUCA